AUGGAACCGGAGCAGAUCACGGUGCUCCUUCCAGACAUGUUCCAGACGUUCCUCAAGCAACCGCCUCGCGUCAAUCCUCAUUACCAAUCCGUCAAGUUGGAGUCUGAAGAAGGGCUGGCGAGAUUCUGCUCUUUCGACCCCAGCAUGAGAAAGAGGGUGAACAAGUGUGACUUUUCAUACUUUUGUGCCAUUGCCGCUCCGUUUGCCUCUCGAGCGAGAUUUCGCACCGUCUGUGAUUGGGGUAACUGGGUCUUUCCAUACGAUGACAUGUUCGACAAUGGACAUCUCCGCAACGACCCGGAAGAAUCUCAGCGCGUCAUGGAGAGCCUGAUGAUGCCCAUGCUAGGCAGCACCGCGAACUUGAAUUCUGAAGACCGUCUCCGCAUCGUGCAGUUCCACGACACAGUCGUUGAACGGAUGGCUCUGAGAACACCCAAAGGCGUCCAAAAGAGGUUUGCCCUUGCCAUGCAGGGCUACUGCCGAGGCGCACUCACGCAGAUGGAACACCAGUUCUCCGGAAAAAUCCCGACACUGGAGGAAAUUGCCAUGAUUCGCCGAGAGUCCGCUGGAUGUAGGCCUCUAUACUACCUCGUUGAAUACGCACAUCGCCUCCGAGUGCCGGAUGAGGUGUUUGAGCACCCGAUCAUCCAGGAGCUGGAGGAUCUCGGCCAAGACAUGGUCGAGGGCGUACCGCAUAAUAUGGUCACAGUCUGUCGACGGAAUGGCAUGUCGGCACAAAAGGCGUUCAAUACAGUCGGCAGGCUCCUCGAACGGCGCUACGAGCGAUGGGACAAGAUCGAGGCGAGCCUCCCAAGCUGGGGUAAGGAGGCCGACGUUGAGGUCCGAAAGUAUAUUGAGGGCAUCAAAUGUGUUGUCAAGGCCAAUCUGAAUUGGAGUUUCAAGUCGGAACGCUACCUCGGCGCGAAUCCCGAAAUUGUUCGAGCCACUCGGAAAGUUCACAUUUUGGCGAAAUCGCCCCCCAUUGGUGUUUGA